AUGACCCGGAACAGGUCUGAGACCGCAGCCCCGUUACUCUCUGUGCGAAACCAGUCUGGGCCGACGCCAACGAACAUGGACGGGGCCGAACACAGCGUCGAGACCCCUCAAAACCGACCCUUCCCUUCUAUCCGUUUCAUCCCCCACCACGACCCCCGCGCUGGCAGACCUUCGUUGGUAUUCCCCACCAUAUCCCGAACGCUCCCAGAUGACGAUGCUAUAAUACGGGUUGGAAGAUAUUCCGAGAGAGACAAUAUUCCCGAAAUACCGGCCAACGUCCCUUCCGCGGCUGCAGUUGGGUUCAAGUCCAAGGUCGUGAGCAGGAAACACUGCGAGUUCUGGUGCGCGGAUUCGCAAUGGUAUAUUCGGGAUGUCAAGAGCUCCUCUGGGACCUUUCUCAACCACAUACGGCUGAGUCAACCGAAUCAAGAAUCCAAGCCCUUCAAAGUCAAGGACGGAGAUGUCGUGCAGCUUGGGAUCGAUUUCCGAGGUGGAGAAGAGAUGAUUUUCCGUUGCGUCAAGAUUCGCAUAGAGUGUAAUAGAAAUUGGCAGCAAAGCAUAAACACAUUCAACAAACAAACACAUCAAAGACUCCGCAACUUGGCAAAACCGAAAAAGGACACCGACACUGCCUCAACGCACAGUUCUCAGGAGUGCUCAAUAUGUUUGAUGUCCAUUGCGCCAUGCCAAUCGUUGUUUGUGGCUCCAUGUUCACAUGUUUGGCAUUACAAGUGCAUUCGCCCGAUUCUCCAGGGUCCGACAUGGCCCAACUUCUUAUGUCCAAACUGCCGUGCGGUGGCGGAUCUCGAAGCCGAUGUCGAAGAACCAGACGCCGAGGACUGGGAGUCAGAACACGAAGAUGCCGACGAAAAAGACGAGCAGAAGGGCGACACAUCGAAACAUGUCACGCCUCGGGCUUCGCAGAUGCCACUAGCAAGCCCUGUGGUAGCAGCUGGCGCUCGCACGCCAAAUAGCCGCCUCAGUUUGGGCGAUCUAGAAGCUGCUAUUUCAACAAUCAUUCCAGACGAUACUGUAAGCAUCCAGACUCCAGCUCCGCCAACGUUAUCUACCCCGCAAACAAGUCCUUCGCGGCUUGUACACUCUCCGCCUCCUGGAUCGCAACCCGUACACAUCGUUAGGGAAGCUGCGGCUACAACGGAGAACACGGCGCUCUUCCCCAACCGUUCCACUUCGGACGUCACCUCACAAUACGCGCUCAUCCCCGAGCGCGUUCCCGAGUGCCCAAUGACUCCUCGGAACGAUGCCGGGCCUUUUGUCUUUGACGGCAGCGCUGGGCGGGGUUCGGUCCGACGCGGCAUUGACGAGGCAUCUACUCCCUCGUCAUUGAGCGUGCCUUCAACGACAACCGCCGUGCCAUGA